AGAGCCCUUUCUCGCUAUCAUUAUACGAUAACUGGUGUAGAUGUUCUCAAUCGAUUCUCCUCGUCCAUCUCGCAGUCCAAGGCCGUCCACGUCAUGCAACACAUUUUCCCCUUGCAGUUCGCACUGAAAAACGUUUUUAAACCUGACCCGGAGAACGACUCAAAGUUUUCUUCACGUGAAGAUGAGAUCGCAGCCAAAUCAGGGAAGCGGAAACGACCUUCCCCAGACUCCGAGCAUCAGAUCGCGAACAACGAACGAGUCCAGCCGGCGAAAAUCCCAAAGCGCCUUCAAGGACAGGCGUUUGAGCUGGUCCAACAAUUACUCAAUCGUCAUAAGCGCUGCCCGUAUGGAUACUUGUUAGACUACUAUUGUUCUUCAGAGGUAAGUGUAACUAGCGACCCUGCAAUUGAUACAAUCAGCUAAGAAUCUAGCGUAUUGGUCCCUGGAAAUUCGGCACACAGGACUCCCAAUCAAGCGCUAAAUCGAACCCACCGGCGUCCGAGAAGCUGACAACCCAGGAACGAGGACUCGAAAUACAUGCGUUGAGUGGGGGUGUCUCUACCUCGGAAGGUCAGAAAGAGCCCGAUCAUA